UCUCGCAGUCCUAUCCAAUAACUUAUUAUUGCUAUGGAUUUACUAGUGAAUAAACGAGUUUGUUUUAAUAUAUCUGGAAAAGUUUUUGAAACAUUCUUAGAAACCUUAAACAGGUAUCCUUGUACGCUGUUAGGAAAUGAUAAAAGUAGAGCUGGUUAUUUUAAUGCCUCUAAAAAUAUUUAUUUUAUUGAUCGGUCCCCAUUAGCGUUUGAAGCUAUUUUAUUUUUUUAUCAAUCUGGUUGCUUAAUUCGUCCGCCAUUUAUGAGCUUGGAAUUGUUUGAAGAAGAAUGCAUGUUUUAUAAUUUAGGAAAUGACGUAAUUAAAUCGAUGAAAGCGCGUGAUAAUAACAAUUAUAAGAAAAGCAGAAAAAGUACGAUGAAACCAGUAACAAAACUAGAAAAGAUCUGGGAAUUUUUGGAAGUACCUGAAUCUUCUAUGCUAGCUCAAAUUUUUGCAGUAAUUUCUGUUAUAUUAGCGUUCUUAAUUGUUGUAGUUGACUGCAUAGUUACAUUAGACAUAUAUCAAAAGCCAAAAAUGACAAUUCUUAACAGAUUUACUUUGUUUUCAAACAUCUUUUUUGCUUUAGAAUUUAUUGCAAGAAUAAUAAGUACACCUGGGAAAUCAAAAUUUAUCAAAUCAAAAAGAAACUUAUUGGACUUUUUUACAAUACUUCCCAAUUUUUUAAUAACUUUGUUUGAAGGUAAAUAUGCCGGUGAAGUAAAUAUUAAUAUAUUACUAAUAAGGUUUAGUCGAAUGUUCAAAAUACUAUGGAUUAUACGACUUAUACGCUAUUCAAAAAGUUUUGUGUUAAUUGCCACUACAUUAGAGAUACUGGCAAAAUGCUCUAAAGACUUAUUCACACUACUUUUUUGUGUGCUCAUAACAUGUACACUUUGUGGAAACCUGAUAUACUUUGCAGAAUUAGACGAUAAAACUAGCUCAGUUGUAAGUGCACCUGAAGGAAUGUGGUUGGUUAUUCAGACAAUUUUAACAAUAGGAUAUGGUGAUGUUGUUCCUAUAACUGUUGUUGGGAGAUUUUUAACAGCGCUUACAGCGGCGAUUGGAAUUACAGUGACUUUUCCACUUUUAUCGUUUUGCGGAAAGUUUUUUCAUGCAUAUUCUAAAAUAUACAAAGCUACUAACAUAAAAUAAUUUUUUGUAAUAUUGAAAAAUAUUAAUAAUAAAAAUAAUAUUAAUAACGCCAAC